AUAGUGUAAGCUGUUAAAUUAAAGUUUGCAAUGUUGUAGAUAGCUUUAGAAAAAUCAUGUCAAUAGCGCAGGAAGCCUGAACUUUAAAAUAUUGGAUUAAACAAGAAAAAUCAGUGUAAUUCCAAAGUCUAGAUUAUACAUAUGGUCAGUAAAUAAAUUCUUCUUUUAAGAAAAAAGGUAUAAUAGUUUUACGAGUAACCCAAAUAGGUUUUCAAAGAACUUUGAGCCAAGAUACAGUUUUGGGCAGGUUCAAGUUUACCUUAAAAGGCUUGAGUAAGCUUGUUCACAAUAGCAAUCACAGAAAGCUCCCAAAUUUCCAAAAAUCCCAGUCAUACUCCACUCUUGGGACUAAUCUGAAAUGGUUGGAAAAAGAACCAUGUGAGCUAUGAACCCCAAUAAAUAUAAGUUAUAGUUUGGGGCCAUGGUAGAACUCUUAACCAAUUUAAGAAGAUCAUUCGGUUAAUCCAUCAUAAGCUUGUAGUUAUAACAGAAUACAAAAGAGUAGGUUUAGCUGAAUCAACCUGUUGUCAGUAAUUGAAAAAACAUCAAGCAGGGACUUAUCAAUAAAGCUAUUAGCAAACAAGCACAUUCAUUUCAUGCUUCAAUACUUAAUCUCAGCAAGUAUGUCUACUACCUUAACCUUGAUGAAAGAAAAGUAUUCUAGGGAUAUGUGCUCAAUACAAAUACACUGUCAUGGGGUCAACUAAUCAAUAUAUGGUACACUCACAUUCUGCCAGAACUUGUCAUGGCAUACCCAACUGUGCAUUGGUCAAUAACAAUAACCAUGGCUGCUCACUAACAAUAACCAUGGCUGCUCACUUAAGCACAAUAGUACCUAGCUUUUAGCAUAGGUCAAUAACAAUAACUAUUUGAGUACUUAGUUGUAUAUGUUUCAUUUUGCUUUCAGAUAUCUGUGCAGCAGCUGAUGCAAUCUUUUAAUUUCAUUACUUCUCAUGCGUGUCUAAUAUGAUUGUUUCUGGUUUGACAAUAUUAUUAUGUGGUUUUGUUUUAUUUUCUGGUUCAUUUAUAAUUAGGACUUCUUGCAAAGGUAUUGCAUUUUUGCAUCAGAAAGAGAUCUUAGACUUCUUCUUGUUGAUACUUAGGUCAGGGAUUUGCCUCAAUAUCACGCUGUUGCAUCAAAUACAUCUGGUUCAACCCCAAAAGAUUUGUUUGAGUUGCUGAAGGAUUAGAAAAACAGGUCUUUUUCACAAGAUUGGUAAAUUUGUAUUGAAGAGUUAGGAACCCUCUUGAAUUCUUCAAACCCUAGCAUUCUGCAGCUCUCAUGAACUCUCAACUUCCUGUCCUCUUUUACCAUUUGGUGACAAAGAAGGAAAUGGCAAGAUGAACUUAGUUCUCCACUAAGUUGCAAGAUAAUCCAUUUGAAGUGCGAACAACUCUUAGUGGAAUGUAACUUUUCUCAGGUGUUCUUGGCAAUUACAUGCCAAUAGACAUGUAUACACUUCUUUUCCUGUUAAAAAGUUAAUUAAGUAUAUUUGAGGUA